AGCAUAAAAAUCAUUUACGUCCUAGGUUUUAACUAGUUAAAAUACUAGUGUCAGAAUUAUAACCUUUAUAGCACGGAAAAGUAUUAAAAUGUAUACUAAGUAUAUAAUUUUAUUUUGUUUAACAUCUUAUUAUAUUCCAAAAGUAAUUGCUUUUGACGAAUCGGAAAUUUACAUACUCUUUGACGAAAUAAGAAAUGAAGGAGAAAAUUAUGUUACCGCCAGAUCACUAAGGAAAACAUAUCAUAGCAGUGAGCGAUCUGAACUUGUUGACUUGUUAAGAAAUUACGGUAUGGAGAUCACUGAAAACGGUAAACGUGAACAAAGAAUUUAUUUUGUGAAAUUUAAGGAGGCUCUGAUGGAUGGCUACAUAAAUAGAUUUAGUAAAAAGCACGUGGAAACUUUAUUUAACGAAAUCAUCAUAAAAAGUGGCACGUUAAGAAACUAUAUUAUCCGCAACGACUUGAUAAACCAUUACGAAGGAAGAAUUCCUAUAUCUCAAAUCGAUAAUGUUUUGAGUACCUUCGGAGAUCCGAAUUUUCGUGUAAUCCGAUUAGAUUUCCCAGGCUUUAGAAGAGCUGUUAACACUGGUGGUAUUCCAGCCUGGUAGUGAUGCAAGUACGUUCAGACGGUGGCCAAUAAAGUGCAGUUGUAUGAAGAACGCUAAAAUAAUGAUUAUAAAUAAUAAAUUAUAUUAAAAAAAACUAUUAACAAUGUAGUCGCCAUAAUACUAAUAUAAAUUAUAAUAUAUUAUCUAAUACUUGAUUAGGCACUGUCAUUAAACUCAAUAAAAUUAAAAAUAUACCGAAAUAAUAAUUGUACUUGUUAUUGUUUAUAAAUUAUAAGACUUAUAAUAAUUAGCAUAGGUCUUGUACAUUGUUGUUAAACACUUGUUAGAAGACGGCACUUGGCCAAUUUUUUCGAUUUGAUUAAAGGGUUAGGGUUGGGCAACAUUUUUCAACGUUUUAAUUAGAAAAAAACGGGUUUCCGUACUUUUAUUAAUAUUAGUAAUUAGAAGUACUUUGGAUUGUUAAUUUUUUUAUAAACUAUUAUAGAGACUGUUUCAAACGUUUUUA